AUGGCAUCAGUACCAUUAUUGACUGCUAAGACGAGGAAGGGAAGCGCUCAGGCAUUUGAAAAGUUGAAUCAAUGUUUUGCAGCAACUUUUAGGUCCAUCAAACUUCAACUGCUAUGGCAAUCAACCAAAUGGCGGUCUCCGCACGAGAUGAAGAAGACAGCUAUCUACGACAGCCGGACAGCAGCUCUACUGCAUAUGCUGCCCCAUAUUGUACCGAUGGCAACGCUGGUCACGUUCUUAGUCGCCAACAUCAAGACAACGUUCAUCGGCUCGAUAUCGACAGACACAUUGGCACCAUUACAGUUUGCAGCAAAGAUGGUAGAAAUCCUCACUCAAGCCUCUAUCGCCACAGUCGUAUUAGGCCUUGUGAGAAACCAGGUCCUUGGUGGAAAAGGAUUCCCUCUAGGUGGACUUCUGGCGCCUUUUACCACGACAGAUAUCUCUAGUCUCUGGUCCCUACAGCUGUGGGGUUGUCUAACGUCGACAAACAUCGAUAUAGCAUUGCGAUCAGCUCUCCAUAUCUUUCUGCCAGUGGCUAUCGUGCUAGCAGCACUUGUGGGUCCGUCAACAGCUGUCCUCAUGAUCCCUCGACCGAUGAAUCAUCUUAAAUACAGCAGGCUAGCUUUUUACAAUAAGCUGGAGGAUGUUUACCCAGAAAAAGUGGAUCUCAUUGGUGGCAAUCUCAAGGCAGAAUCUGCUUUCAACGCGACAUCUUUCCAAGCCCAGAUGAGUGCUGGCUCGAACUGGCGACUGCCAAUUGUUGACCAAUACGGAGUACGAAAUGCGAAAUUUGUGGCAUCAAUCACAAAUGGAAACUGGGAUGCUGUCGCAGACGUCGCGAACUCAAGCUUCGAAACUUUAGCCACAGUCCCAACCACUAUGUCCUUAACCAGUCUCGUUAGAGCUCCUGGAGAUUAUCUAUGGACGGUGCGCGCCUUGCAGCCUUACGUGUACACGAGCUGUUGGUCUUCUUUGGUGCAAGUCAGCGACACAGACCCGUCUGGCCGAUAUGUUGACUUCGGUCCAGCCAAACCCUACCUGAAGAACGCGGUUUCUUACAAACCGUUGCUACUUCCUUCCAACGCUACCAUGACGGAUGACCUGCUUUCGUUGUAUCGGACCGAUUAUACUUGUCAAGGCCUCCGGUUUUGUGGGUCAAUCAUGUGGGCAAAAUUACCACCUAACAUUACCAGUCAUUCGCUCGUUAUGGUAACAGCGCAAACAGCGCAGCCGGAAGAUCAAUGGCUGUUGUCUUCGUGCACUAUCGAUGCGUAUUGGUCGACAGUCACGACAAGAUUGUCUGCUAGUACAGUAUUCAGCAGUGAUAAACCGGCCAACCCAAAAGAAGAUCCCCGUAAAGUACUAUCGGAGCUGAGCGGUAAGAGACUGGUAUCAAUAAGCCCUGCUUGGGCUCAAAGGGCAUACACAGUCACCAUGGAGUUGGAAAGGGCAGCUAAAUACAGUGAUGAUGGUGAGUAUUUAAUUCAAGGACUACAAUACGCAAUCGCCCUAUCUUAUGUGGCAUCAGACCAACAGAACUGGGCCUUUUCCAGGUUCAACAGCACGGAAAAAUGGACAAGUGAGAUGAAUGGUAUGAAUCAGCAGCAGUAUACCGCGUUCAUGGACUAUAUUGAUGCCCAUCACUUUCUGCGCCACUUCGACGAGAUCGAUCUGUUCGUCAACAAUACAGUAUGGGUCAAGCCUGAAGACCUCACAAAACUGGAGACUCGAAGGUUUGCGAUAGGCUACGGGUACGACAUAUCUGCAAUCACAACUAAACUUUCUUUAGCUGUUGUCAUGUUUUAUGUUGCUGCAAUCUCCGGAUAUCUACUUUACACAAUCGCGACCGGUACCGUGGCCGCAAGCUGGAAUUCUGUCGCCGAACUCGUCGUCCUAGCUAUCAAUUCCCAGCGGCCCAUUGGUCUGCUCCGAAACACUAGCGUGGGCAUUGAUACACUCGAGACCUUCCGUCAACCGGUGAAUAUACGCGUGAAUCACAAUGACUCGGUCGAGCUCGUGUUUGAUAGCACAAGUCAGACUAGGCACUACAGCAAGAUUCUACCGAACGAGAAGUAUUGA